AUGUUGUUUCAAACUUCGAUUUUGUUCUUGCUGUCUUUGCUCCCAUCAAUUGUUGUGGUCCAGGCACAGAGUUGUAGUGCUUCCAAUCCAUGCAAGACUGGAUGCUGCAGCAAGUUCGGAUUUUGUGGACUUGGCCCAGACUAUUGUGCUUCAAAAAUCUGCGUUGCAAACUGUGACAGGAAAGCGGAGUGCGAUCCUGGUGGUUACGGAGCCGCCUAUGUCAACCAUACAACAUGCCCUCUCGACGUUUGCUGCUCCAAAUGGGGUUUCUGCGUUUUGACACAGGAAUUUUGUGGAGAUAAAAAAGUGACUCAGCCUUCAUGUUCUACUACCUUUCACAAGUUCGAGCGCGUUGUAGGCUACUAUGAGGGCUGGGCAAUGCAACGCGAGUGCAAUGUUUUUAAUCCAGAGAAGAUUCCUCUGGGGGUCUACACGCAUCUUAACUACGCCUUUGCCACAAUAGAUCCCAAGACAUUUGAAGUACUGCCAGCCACGGUAGAGGAUCAACAGGAUACUUACGAUCGAGUCACAUGGCUAAAGAAGAGAGAUCCUGAUCUGAAAGUAUUUAUCGCUAUCGGAGGGUGGACUUUCAACGAUGAGGGUCAACCGACCAGAAACACGUUCUCGAAUAUUGCCAAUAACCCACAGAAUCAAAAGGCAUUCACCAAAUCUCUGAUUAGCUUUAUGUCUACGUAUGACUUUGAUGGCGUUGACUUGGACUGGGAAUAUCCAGAGGCCCCAGACCGGUACCUCCAGCACUUUGAGAUCAAAAAGAUGGCAAAGAUUGUUGAUUUUUUCAACGUGAUGUCCUACGACCUGCACGGCGUUUGGGAUAUGCCAAACAAAUGGGUAGGGCCUUAUUUGAAUGCCCACACCAACUUAACCGAGAUAAAAGAUGCACUCGAUCUUUUGUGGCGGAAUAACAUCCCCUAUGAUAAAGUUAACAUGGGUCUAGCGUUUUAUGGACGUGGUUUCACGGCAGCUGACCCCAAAUGCCUAACCCCUGGUUGUCGGUAUGCAUCCGGCUCAGAACCGUGGAUGUGCAGCCACGAAGUUGGAAUCGUGUUCAACUCCGAGAUAUCUGACAUCAUGCAAUCACAAAAUGCCACGCCCGUUCUAUAUAAAGAUGCAGCCGUGAAAGUUCUCACGUAUAAUACUAACCAGUGGGUGGCGUUUGAUGAUGAAGAAACACUAGGUCUGAAGUUAAAUUUCGCAAAAUCCAAAUGCUUGGGAGGUGUCAUGGUCUGGGCCGUAUCCCACGAGACUGAGAAUGCGACCUAUUCAACCGCGUUAGGAAAACUUGCUCAGAGAUCUACGACCUCACUAAUCAACAUUGGAAUCGACAACGGAGUGCAUCAGUAUGAGCGUGUUCAGAAUCAUCCACAGUGCAAAUGGUCUAAUUGUGGUGAAGUUCUCGCCGAGUUUUUGUUGACCAGUCGACCACAAGGUUGCCCUGCUGGGUGGUCUCCAAUUCAACGGAGCGAUCCCAAUGCGCGCAAUGGCGAGAUCAUGAUCGACGAUCAGGGUUGUGAAGGCCAAGGUUCCCAUUAUCUGUGUGGCCUUGGCUUCAGGGCGUGGAAUGAUGAAAUAGCCGCGGCAUCCUUGGGCGGUGGGUUGGGAUCAGUGCUAUGCCAGACGCAGGUGCAGAGCGGUUACUGUGAAGAUUUAUCCGACGAGCCUGAUAAUGGAUUUCCUGAAAAGCGAACUGAGACUAGGGAUUAUCCUUGGACAACAAGUGUGGCACCUACAGCAGAACCCUUGUUUCUCAACCUAUUCAACGAGAUCUAUUCGCAAGUCUUCCUUUUCCCCGGCCCAGGCUGCACAAACUUCGUCCUUCGCGUAGAGGAUCGGUGGAACCAAAGGAGAAACGGUGACUUGGAAAAUGUAGUUACCGAGCAUCUCGUUGAACUACAAACGGUAAAGAUGUGGUAUACAGCCGCAAUUCAAGGCGUUUUAGCUACUGAGCUGGGUGUCCCAGCGCUGCCUAACCCAGCUGGCCCUAUAGAUCCAUCAUUUUUCAUGGUUACCUUGCCCCGCGCAAAUGGACCUUUUCUCUUCAACCCCCCUCCCCCACCUCCAACUGGUGGUCCGCUGUUGUCGACAAUGGAGGCCCGAUUAUUCAAUGCUCUAGGUAGCGUGGCGAAUUGGGGAAGCUUCCUUCUCGCAGAUAGCGAAUUGAACUGUCUCAAAGAAAAACUUUGGAAUGACAAAACAAAACAUUUUAUUGGUGAAACUAUGAUGAGAGACAUGGCCCGUUCAACAGAUUCUGCGGAUGCGAAUAUCGCACUGAAUAGUAUUCGUAAUCUUGUGGUGAUCGUGAGCUUCCUCAACCAUCCAACAGUCCACAACUACAUGGCAGCCAUCGUAAUGGACUUCCGAAGAGAGUUGAGAAUAGGUGAACGAGUUCAUUUUGGGUUAACAGGGACAACAGUUGCAGCAGUGGAUAGUUUCACUAACUAUUUCGGGAGCCUGAUGACAAGAAUCGAUACGCGAGUUGCGAAUUGGGCGGCGCGGUGGUUAAACGUAAUUGAUGCGACAUGGAAUGGCGUUAACACUCCAGCUGGAAUCCAAAUCAGGAGUGCUAGUGCCUCCCUCCGCACCCAGGCUCAAAAUGCGGCGGUCAAUACCCAAGGUUUCUUUGAUCCUGUAUGA